GCGUUAGCAAUUUGAUCACAUUUGAGUGUUUUUAUAAUAUUGAAAUAUUCACGGAUUUCAUCUGAAUGUCGAUAACGACAGACUUUUGAUAGAAAAAGAGAACGUAAAUUAAUCUGGUGUGUUAAAAAAAGCAAUAAAUGCUUAUUUUUUUUAGGAUUAGCCGCUAGCAGGCUAGUAACCGGCCGUGUAUUUACGCUAACGCUUCAUAAAUAUGUAAAUAUUUAUAAAUGCAAAUUUUUCCGAUUAAUUAAUAUAUUUUUUUAGUAGCAGCUGAGCGCAUGCUCAUACAUGUAGUAAUAAUAUUAAUAUCAUAAAUAAAAUCAUUAUUAUAUGUUGUUGGCAUGUGUGCACUUAAACCUCAGUCCCCAUAUUAAGUGGAACAUCAGCGAGAGGAUUUCCUCUCCACUCCAGAGUCCUGAUUUGAAGAUGGAGUCUUCGGACAGCGCGCCUGAAUCGGCUCCCAUUAACACUCAGAGCCUCUACUCGGCUCUGGGCCUGAGCUCGGAGGACAUCGAGGCUUUGGCUCAAAUCCCCGAGAACGAGAUCAGCGUGGAAACGUUACCGUAUCUCAUCAUGCAGCUCAAAGCCAAGCGCGCUGAAAAGGCUGCUGCUGCCUCUGCCACCGCUGCUGCCCCUGCCGCUGCCCCUGCUCCUGCCCUUUCCCCUGCCCCUGCCCCUGCCCUUUCACCUGCUCCUGCCCCUGCCCUUUCCCCUGCUCCUGCCCCUGCCCUUUCCCCUGCCCUUACUGACUCCGCCCCCGCUCCCAACACAGACUGUAGUGACAAACCGAUGGAGGAGGAGGAGCCUAAAGAGGCCAAUCAGGAAAUGGAGUCUCUGGAGGAAAAGAAAGAAAAACAUGAAAGCCCACCGUCUUCGAGCGCGUCACGUCAAACAUCCAGCCAUGAUCACGAUCACGAUCACGAGCAUCACGGGAAGGGGGACGGGCACAGAAGGGCAGAGCGAGCGAGCACGGGGGGCAGGAGGGACUCCAGGUCCAGGAAGUCAUCCCGGGAGAGACAGAGCGGAGACGGAGCCACGUCAGAGGAAACCGAGUUCGAUGACAAACCUACGGUUUUCCCACACAUCUGUACGCUCUGCAAGACUGAGAGCAACGGCUCCAAGGCAUGGCACAGUCACAUCCGUGGCAUCCGACACACCAAAGCACGGAGAGAGUACAUAAUGCUGUCCGGCCCAUCAGAUGAUUCGUACUCGUCUCGUCGAGGUUCUCGCUCGUCUCAGCCCACUAAGCGCUCCUACAGUUCAGAACGAAGUGCAGGAGACCUGUCCUCAUCUUCUGAACGUUUUUUUCACCCUCCGAAGCCCUUCACCAAGGUGGUGGUGGCCAAAUAUCCGAUGGGCAGCAUGGCUGUGGCCGACAUGUUGGCGCUGGGAAAACCGUUCGGAACCAUAGUGAAGCAUCUCAUCUUCCCUUUUAAGGGAUUUCUGGAGUUCAGCUCUCAUGCAGAAGCGAAGGACAUGGUGACUCACUAUCAGACUAAACCCGCCUUCAUUAAGGGGCAACGCAUCAGUCUGUGUUUAUCCCCCACCGUCGAGGUCAUUCAUCAGCCUCCGGAGGCGUACGAGGCGUCGUCGUCGAAGCGCUCGAAGUUGUCCACCCAGUCGGUGGUGUGUUUCUCGCGUCUGCCCCCGGGGAAGGAGACGGAGGACAAGGUGCUGGACCUGGCGGCUUUAUUUGGAGAAGUUCGCUAUUCCAAAUUUACAGAAGACAAGGCUCUGAUCGAGAUGGCGGACUGGCGUGACGCGGACAUCAUGGUGAAGUAUUACCACUCGAACCCACUGAGGAUUCAGGACAAGAGCAUCAAAGUGUCCAUGUCCUCCCGAGUAAGCAUACGAGACAGCAGCCCUGAGCGUUCUUCCUCCAAAAAGUCCAACUCGAGCAAGAGCCACAGCAGCAGCAGCAGCAGCAGCAGACAGAAAAGCGAGUCGUCUUCCUCUAAGAGUGCGUCUCAGUCCAGCAGCAAGGACAAGGAGAGGGCCGACGAGAAGGAGAAAGAGGAAAAGGAGAAGGAGGGAGAGAAGAAAGAUGGAGAGGAAACUGAGAUCAAGGAGGAAGAAGUGGGGAACGAGGAAGGUGUUGAGGUGGAGGAUGAACAUGGGCUGGUAGACAAAGCUGAGGUGGAGGAUGUUGCCAUGGGAAAUGAAGAGGUGAAGGAGGAGGAGGAGAUGGAGAAAGAAGGAGUGGAACAGGUCGAUGCUGAGGAAGAGAGGAAAGAGGAGGAGAAGCAAGUUCAGGAGGAAAAAGGCGAGAGUAAAGGAGAGCGAGGAUCCGAGGAGGAAGUGGAGGACGACCUGGAGGACAUGGAUUUCCCAGAGAAUAUGGACGACUUUGUCACUUUGGAUGAGCUGGACACCACGGCCGGAGACUCGCUAGAUUCCUGUGAAGCUCAGGAGGGUAAGGUGGUUGUUGUGAGACCCAUCAGGAACGAGUUUAAAGAGACUCGUAAAAAAGCCAUGAGAGAAGCUCUGUUCAAGAUGGCCGCCCCGUUUGGUGAAGUGGUGAACUUCGCCAUCUCCUACUACAGACAUGAGGCUCUGAUCGAACUGGAGUCGGUGGAGAAAGCUCACAAGAUGGUGAGCUACUAUAAAAGCAGUAAGAGGUCGAAGCUGUGUGGGAGAACCGUCUCCGUGUCGCUGUGUAUGGCCUUCAACACCAUCGAGGGUCCCAGUGGAAGGACACUGUUUAUCAGCAUGCUUCCUCCUUUCAAAUAUUCAGACAAAUCCCUCCUCAGACUCGCACGGCCUUUUGGAAAAAUCACCGCUUAUUGCUUCAACAGGGUGUACGGAACGUGUUAUAUCCAAAUGGAGACUGUGGAAGCGGCUGAGAAGAUGAUCCAGAGGUACCUCCCCUGGCCUCUUAAAUUCUACGGCACUCCGCUGAAGAUCACCAAGUGCAGAAAAGGAGACUCUCUGAUCCCCUGGACACCAGCAGAUAAGUUUGAGCACUGGUAUGAGCCAAAGCUUGGGAGAAACAUAGACGAGAGGAAAGAGAACGGACAGACAGCCAAGAACAGCAGCGGGGAGGACCGCCAUAGUCCUGUAUCCAGCUCUGAAGGAGUGUGUGGAGAUCCUGCAGGCGAGGGUGAAGAUUCAGAGGAAGAGGAGAAAGACCAGACGCCCCUCGGACCGUACCAACCCGACAACCCCGUGGGUGUCAGCUACGUCGUCCCCAAAAGCGGCUUCUUCUGCAAGCUCUGUAAUGUUUUUUACACGGAUGAGAAAAAAGCCAAGACGGAUCACUGCAGCAGCCUGGAGCAUUACAACCUGCUGAAGAAAAAGCGUGGAGAUCUGAUCGAGGAGGAACAGACGGACGGACAGACGGAAGGAUGAAUGAGCAAACCGGUUCGCCUGUCCAGCUCCGAUUUCCCUGAAGCCCAUAGGGUUUUUUUGUUUUUUGUUAAAACUUAAAAAAAAAAAACAAAAAAAAAACACAUAGGAGAACAUUCCAGACUUUUGUGUUUUCAUCUGUUUUGUUACACACUUUUUUUUUGUUUUGUUUUCGUUUUAUUUGACAAACUACAGUAGAGAGAAAAACAGACAAGCUCGUUCGAUAAUCAGAAAAAACCUUCGAAAUUGUUUCAGGUGGUUGGGUUGUGUGUGUGUGUGUGUGUGUGUGUGUGUGUGUAAGAGCAGAGUAGGGGUUACAGUCAUCGUAGCUUCUUAUCAAAUAAACAAAAGUCUGUUUGAAAAA